GCUGGAAGCUGUCACUGCCGCUAAUAUGACACAUCAGAGAUGAGAUGCUGCUUCUCAUUAGCAUCAGGGGAAAUUGGCAGCCGAAUGCCAGAGUGCUGGCUACCCGGGGACCCUCAUCCCAUACAAGUGCGAUCUCUCCAACGAAGAGGAGAUCCUGUCCAUGUUCUCCGCCAUCAAGACGCUUCAUCAAGGAGUUGAUGUCUGCAUCAACAACGCGGGGCUGGCUCGCCCGGAGCCCCUGCUCUCAGGGAAAACAGAGGGCUGGCGGACGAUGAUAGACGUCAACGUGAUGGCUGUGAGCAUCUGCACCCGAGAGGCUUACCAGUCCAUGAAAGAGAGAAACAUCGAUGACGGGCAUAUUAUUAACAUUAACAGCAUGAACGGCCACAGCGUUGUGCCACAGUCAGUGGUGCAUUUUUACAGUGCCACCAAGUACGCAGUUACAGCCCUCACGGAGGGGCUGAGGCAAGAACUCAGAGAAGCAAAGACUCAUAUACGAGCUACAUGUAUAUCUCCAGGACUGGUAGAAACAGGAUUUGCUUUUAAACUUCAUGAUAAUGACCCUGAGAGAGCUGCUGCAACCUAUGAGAGCAUUCGGUGUCUGAAAGCUGAAGAUAUGGCUAACGCUGUCAUAUAUGUCCUCAGUGCCCCACCUCACGUACAGAUUGGAGAUAUACAGAUGAGGCCCACGGAGCAGAUAUCAUAGCGAAUGAAGAGGACUGUGAGCAGCACCGUGUAUCCACUCCACUUCGAACCCUCUGGCAAUUUAGGGUGUCGUCAGCUGGCUAGCAACAUUUUAAUCAAGUACCAAGGAUCGUGUUUGAAGAAUUCUUUUUCUCUCCCUCUCUCUGAGCUGGUGCUGGUGCUGAGCCAGUUUAAAAAGAAACAGUAGUGGGUCUCUUUCUCCCCCACUCCUUUCUGAAACUGCUUAAGAGUAAAAUGUAUUUGAAAAUAAUGCAGGGAAGUGGUUUGUGGAAGAUUGUUGUCUCCAGGCUGGUUUAUUCUUCCUUUUGCUUUCUUUUCAAGGUUUGUUUGAUGUUAUUUGCUGAUGCUGUGUCUGGACGUAAGUGAAGUGCCACAAGAUGUUUGCCAGCCUCGGUAUGCUUAGGGUUUUUGAGAUUUUCAGUGGAUGUCACACAUGUAUCCAUCUAAUUUUUGGGUUUAUUUUCAUCAGAUUGAUUACUGAUGGUAAUGAUGCAUGUGGUAUCUUCUACUUCUUUCAGACUCCACUGCCCUAAACCCAGCGUACAAUCUCACCCGCCUUUCCCAUUCACAUGAAUCAUGCCUGCCAAGUCUGAGGAAGUAUAAAUGUGUGUGCUUGCUGUUUCUCUUUCUUUCUAGGUAGGUAGGUAAAUAGUUGGAGGAAAAGUACCUGUACUUCUGCAGGUUAAGAUGAUCAUCUAAGUGGCAUAGUUACAGUAAGAGUGAGUUGUUUGGUAUUUUUAAUAAAAACUAAAUGUGUGCUGUCUUGUGAUCACCUCUAUCUUCGGUAUCAUCUCCCAGCACUCUUGAUGUUUUUGUACGUGAUGUUUGCAUGCAUUGACACUUUUCUGAAAAUAUUGAUUGGUCUUAGAAAGAUGUAUGGUGCUGUUUAAAUGCUGGUGCUGCUGAGUUGGAAAUAUUGGAAGUUUGUUUAUCCGCAGAGAUGUGAACUCGGAGAGAGAGAGAGAGUGAAAUGAACCAUGCCGAAGCUGUCCAAAACGAAAAGAUACUAGUAGGGGCAUUUGCCUGUAGAGCAGCAGGUAAAAGGUCUGGUUCAGAUCUCGUACUAGUUCUAGGCUGGUGCAGCCCCACUGUUUUGCUCUGGGUUGACUCUGUCUCGAGGAAGAAGCGAAUCAGCCACAAAGCUGAUACGUGCAGACCUGGAGACCACUCGAGUUGUCUUAAGACUCUGGCGGCGUGGCAGAAACACGUCUGGGUGUCAUCCAGCUUGCUGCAGAGCCAGGGAGCUGUUAACGUAGACGUUGCCUUAAGGUUGCAGACUCGCUCCUGCUGCGCUCUGGACUUUCUGUAGUGUUUUGGAAGGGGAACCGUUGGUUUAGGUGGAGCAGGUGUGGUCAGUUGAUCGGAGCGAAGGAUCAGGAGCCAGAGGAACUUGGGUUGGAUUGUUUUGCUUACACCAGUGUAGCUCUGUGGGAGUUCAUCUGUGUUACACCACCAGAAGGGAGACCAGAAGUGGGCCACUACCAUCAUGAGUUUCAACUCCCUAUAAAGCCUUGGGCGAGUCACUUUACCUCGCUGCCUCAGUUUCCCCAUCUGUAAAAUGGGGAUAAUAAUACUUACCUACCUCACAGGGGUGUUGUGAGGACUCACAAACUUUUGUAAAGCACUUUGAAUAUGAAAAGCGCUAUGUAAGUGCUGAGUGUUGAUAUGAAGUAUUAUUAUUAAUUAAAUCUUGUGAUACAUAGAAUUCCUUGUGCCAAAGGUGAGCAACUGUAGAAGGAUACAAGGAGAAAACUGGUAAAACAUUCCUUCACAAAUGGCAAAACAAAAGCAAUUUGCCCCUUUUUUUCCUCUUUAUAAAUACAUGCUCAUGGUGUGUUCUGUCCAUUCCUCAUCAGUCACCAGUUUCUACUGGCAAGUACACGUAGCCUCGUCUCUGGAUUUGGCCUUUUAAUUUACUGUGAGGGAAAUUCAUGCCCCGUGGUGAAGCCUUGUCCGACUAACGCACUACCCUCCUCUGCCUUGCCGAGGCGGUGGCUUUGUGGGGGCUCUGUGCACAGAGCUGGGUCUCACCUGCAGCGCUGUGGUAGAUCGUGUCCCGCAAGGAGCAGCCCGUCCAGGUCAGCACGCCGCCAGCGAUCCUCACCGCAGCAGAGAGCCUGCGCCAGCUGGGAAAGUGCUUCAGUCUCUGUGCCACCGUGAUCCUCUGUUCCACCUGGCUAAGGAAGGUUCAAGCAGUGUUGUGCUUUUUUUGUAACACCCCUGCGACGUUCAGCUAGACUUGAUAUGAAAACUCCCGGUGUUUUCCGUAGGGUUUCUUUUGCAGGAGCUGGUUGAAAUUCAGCAGAUGCGCUGUGCGGCGUGUGCCAUCUUUUUAAGAGAAGAUGGUUGAACUAGGACUUGAAGGCCAAAAAAAAAAAAAAAAAAA